AUGGCGGUGAUCGGCUCCAUCGUGACAAGGAGGGUGGACGCGGCGGAGGCCCGAAAGUGGGUGGUGCUGGUGGCGACGAUCUGGAUCCAGGCCUUCACGGGGACCAACUUCGACUUCUCGGCCUACUCCUCCCAGCUCAAGUCAGUGCUGGGGAUCUCGCAGGUGCAGCUCAACUACCUAGCCGUCGCCUCCGACCUAGGCAAGGCCCUGGGCUGGUCCUCCGGCCUGGCCCUCCUCUUCCUCCCGCUUCCGCUGGUUCUCUUCGCCGCCGCCGGGAUGGGCCUCGCCGGCUACGGCCUCCAGUGGCUCGUCAUCACCGGCCGCAUCUCCCUCUCUUACAUCUCCGUAAGUCUCUCCCCCCCCCCCAACUCCCCCUCUUCCUCGCGAGAUCUCCGUAAGUCUAUUUGCACAGCCGCCGCUUCCUCCUCCGCCGGCGACCGCCGGCGACGGUGAUCGUCGCCGUCGGGUUGGGCGAAUGCUCUCUCCCGACUUUUUAUUUUAUACGGACCUGGCCCACUACGACAGCUGACUGGCCGCUGCUGCCGCCGGAGAACCGUUGAAACUAGCGGAUACCGAACAAACACGUGGCGUCCUCGCGUGAGGCGCCAAUCCCUGUCAAAGAUGGCGCAGCCUCUCCGACUGCGUGUGGCCGCCGGAGAGCGACAAGCGGCGGGGCUCACUGUUUUCAUGUGAUGAUAAAUAUAUUCUCAUCCUCGGUUUUUAUUAAAACUGUUUCCGUGUCUUCUCGAAAAAGAUUUAUUGAUGUCGUUGAACAUUGCGGCGGUAGGUCUUCUCCCUGUGCUUGCUGGCGGGGUGCAGCAUCUGCUGGUUCAACACGGUGUGCUUCAUCCUCUGUAUCCGCAACUUCUCGGUCAACCGCUCUCUCGCGCUCUCCCUCACCAUCAGCUUCAACGGCCUUUCCGCUGCGCUCUACACGCUUGUCGUCAACGCCGUCUCCUCCUCUGAAUCUCUCUAUUUGCUCCUCAACGCCGUCCUCCCCCUCGCCGCCUCUGCCGCCGCUCUGGCUCCCAUCCUCUGCCAGCCUCCCAGCUCCUCCUCUUCCUCCUCCUCCUCCUCCGCCGCCGCCGUCACACAGUCCCCCCCCCCCGAGAGAACCCGCCAGGACUCCCACGUCUUCCUUCUGCUCAACGCCCUCGCCUUCCUCACCGGCCUCUACCUCCUCCUCCUCACCUCCUUCUCCUCCGGCACUGGCGCAGCCCGCUGCCUCCUCGCCGGCGCCCUCGCCCUCCUCGCACUCCCCCUCUUCACCCCCGGGGCCGUCUGCGCCCGCGACUGGGGACGUCGCACCAUCUACUCCAGCUUCAGCCGCCUCGACGGGGGUGGUUCCGGCUUCAACCUCGUCGACAUCGACGAUCUCGAGCAGCUUCACAAACCCCUUCUCGGCGCCACCCCGGGGAACGGCCACGCCGGCCCGCCGCCGGCGAAGAGCGGCGAUAGCGGAGCGUGCUGCAGCCUGGGGACGGAAAGCCUGGUGGCGCUGGGGGAGGAGCACGGCGCGUGGCGACUGGUCAGGCGCGUGGACUUCUGGCUCUACUACAUCUCCUACUUCUGCGGCGCCACCGUGGGGCUUGUCUACAGCAACAACAUCGGCCAGAUCGCGCAGUCCCUGAGCAUGGCCUCCGACACGAUCAAGCUGGUGGGCGUCUACUCCGCCUGCUCUUUCUUCGGUCGCCUGCUAUCUUCACUUCCGGACUUCCUCCGCGCCAAGGUCUACUUCGCGCGCACCGGCUGGUUGGCCCUCGCGGCGGCGCCGGCGCCAGCCACCUUCUUCCUUCUGGCCUGGGGGACGGGCGACGGCGUGUUACUGGCGGGGACGGCCGUUGUGGGGCUCAGCUCCGGGUUCUUCUUCGCGGCGGCGGUGUCUGUGACGUCGGAGCUGUUUGGCCCGGCCUCCAUUGGAGUCAACCACAACAUCCUCAUCACCAACAUACCACUCGGGUCACUGCUCUACGGACUUUUGGCGGCCCUCGUCUAUGACGCCAACGGGCUGGUCACCGGCGCCGGCGAGGUGGCGGCGGCGGGCCUCGGAGGGGACGGCGCCAUCGUCUGCAUGGGGCGGCGGUGCUACGCCGCAACGUUCAUCUGGUGGGGGUGCAUCUCGGCGGUGGGCCUGGCCUCCAGCGUCGCGCUGUUCCUGCGGACCAAGCCGGCCUACGACCGUUUUGAGCGAAACCGGGCGGCUCUAUUCCCCUGA